ACAUACCAUAUGAACUCCUGCAAGAGGGCAUGUGAAUCGUGGAGCUUCCGGCUAUUUUGCUCCUGUUUCCACCAGCCCCCUCCCUGAGGGGCUCAACAGGCUCUGAUAAAAGCCAAAGUAGGAAGGUAAAGAACAAAUGUCACAAGAUCUUGGAGGCAUCUGAGGUUUAAUGGAGACUUUCCAGCAUUCCAGACUGCUGCCCUGCAAUGAAGCUCUGAGUCACGAUCUUUGGGUCUAAGGUACUGGCAACAAUGUGGAACCCCAGGACAGCCAACCUGACUAACCUUCCCUCUAAGCAGAAGCCCAAAAUGAGUCUGGCCUGAAAUCACAGCAAGCACUAGAGAAGGACUUCUUUGUUAAUGGAAAGAGGAAAGAAGAAAAAGAUUUCCAGCAAAUUGCAACAGACUUUCCACCAUUCUAAAGAACCCACCUUCCUUAUCAAUCAAGCCGUCCUAUCUAGUAACUCCCAUUCUAGACUUUUGCCAGGAACAGGGCAUGUCAAUCCUGGUGAAAAUAUCAAGACAAACCCUCAGAAAUAUAGACCUGGAACUGUGACACUCUCAAAACGGUCCAGUAGGAGAACAAUGUCGGAAAGCCAGUCCAGCCCCCCUGUGAUCCCGUCCCGCAGGCCUGGAUUCCGGGUAUGCUAUAUCUGUGGCCGAGAAUUUGGGUCCCAAUCACUUGCCAUUCAUGAGCCCCAGUGCUUGGAGAAGUGGCAUAUUGAAAACAGCAAGUUGCCCAAGCACCUGAGGAGGCCUGAACCCUCCAAACCACAGCCUCUCCGUGGCAGCGGGUCCUACAAUCUUCAAGCAGCGAAUGAGGCAGCGUUUCAGAGUUCCCAGUCUCAGCUGCUGCCCUGCGAAUCCUGUGGCCGCACAUUCUUGCCAGAUCGUCUUCUUGUUCACCAGAGAAGCUGCAAGCCAAGGGGUGAGGGGCCCAGAUCACCAAACCCCAACAGAUCUGAUGAUCUUCCUGGUUUCAAGAAAGCUUCCAGCAUCCCAGCCCGACCAAGGACUCUCAUCUGCUACAUCUGUGGUAGGGAAUUUGGCACCCUGUCCCUUCCUAUUCAUGAGCCCAAAUGCCUGGAAAAGUGGAAAAUAGAAAAUGACCAGCUCCCCAGGGAGCUCCGCCGCCCAUUCCCACAGAAGCCUCAGCCUCUUCCAACUGGACAGUCCGGUCAAGAGGGGCCAAGUCAAGCUCAGCUUGUGCCCUGCCCAAACUGUAGCCGGACCUUUGCCCCUGACCGCCUUCUGGUACACCAGAGAAGUUGUAAAGCUCAACCCAGUGGGUCAACAGUUCAGAAUUUGACCUUAGGAAGUAAAGGUGGCCUAAAAGAGUCCGCUAAUUCUAAGCAGCAAAGGCACAUGGCAGCACCCGCUGUGACUGAAAAGCCAACAAUGAUAAGACGUCCACCAACAAUUGUUUGCUACAUUUGUGGUCGUGAAUAUGGAACAAGAUCAAUUGCCAUCCAUGAGCCACAAUGUCUGAAAAAAUGGCAUAAUGAAAACAACUUGUUGCCUAAAGAGUUAAGGAGACCAGAACCUAAAAAACCAGAAGUCAGGACCAUUACCGCCAAAGGUUUCUACGAUCUUGAUGCCUUAAACGAAGCUGCUUGGACAAGUGCCCAGAGUCAGUUGGUUCCCUGUAUUAUUUGUGGGCGUACUUUCCUGCCAGACAGACUGAUUGUUCACCAACGAUCCUGUAAACCAAAAGUCACCAAGUAAAGCCCUUUCUCCCUGCUGAA